GGGAUGAUAAACAAUAUGGCGGCUUGAACUGCGUAUUUUAUAUUUAUAUAAAACAAGGCCCAGAAUGUUCAAGAAACACAAGCAAGAGUGGAAUCCUCAGAAGCAACUUCGGAGUGACCCAGAACAGGUGAAGAGGUUGACAGAUGUUCUCAAGUGUCGCUCUGAGCAUGACAAGGCUGUGGCCAAGACAGGAUGGGACAGCUACCAGAAAGAGCUGCACAACACACAGAUGUUGAAGGGCCUUUUCAAGAAAUUGGACCCGGCCGUUAUGAAGCCUAUCGGAGAGGUCAAGGGCGAGGUCCAGCUCUCCUUUAAAUAUGAUUUCAACAACGAAAUGCUCCUGGUGAAGAUCAUCAAGUGUCGAGACCUUGCAAACAAGGACAUUCGAGGCAAAAUGUCCAACUUCUAUGUCAAGCUGGAGCUCAUGCCCGACCCCCUAAACCAGGGAGAGAAGAAGACUCAGGUGUCACAGGGCACCAACUGUCCCCGAUUUGACGAGAUCUUUGGUUUCCAUGUUGCAGAGUUUGCCCUUGGUGAAAGUCGUUUGUUGGUUCAGGUGUGUGAGCACAGCUUGGGGGGAAGUGACGAUGUUAGAGGCGAAGUGAUCAUUGCACUGAAUUCUUUCUCCUUCCACGAGUCACCAACGUUCACUGCCUGGUAUACACUCAACAUGGAGACUGACUUGAGUAUCUCUGGUGACCUGGAUGUGAGUGUGGCCUUCCAGACCCCCAACACCCUGCUGGUGACCAUCCAUGCAGCCAGCAAUCUCGCCCCACGGGACAGAGGUGGGGCCGCUGACCCGUUCGUCAAGAUCGCAAUUCCUGGGCAUGAUAAGAUCCACCAGACCAGGGUGUUAAAGGGGACCCUGAACCCAGUCUGGUCCGAAACCUUUGAGUUUCCAGUGCAUGAAGAGGAAUUUGAAGACAAGUACAUUGUAUUUCAUGUGAUAGACAAGGACAGGAGUUCCAGCAAUGAUUCCCUUGGCCAGUGUAUUGUGGAGCUGAAACACUUUAACCCAGAGACUGGCCUCAACGGCACCUUUGAGCUGGCAGACCUGAGAAACAGCAAUCGUGUACGAGCCCGUGUUUACCAGAAUCAAGUAGCCCAGGAGUUCAGGGAAUCCCUAGUUGCCCACUCUGUUGCCCGGGCUCCACACUGCAUCUUCAAGAAGCAUGCUGGAGGAAAGAUUGUGACCGUGACGUGUAGGAAGGCUCGGGCGAAUGGGAAGAUCCGGAUUGUUGAUGGCAUACCUAUAUACUAGUGCCCGAGAUCACUCUGAGGCUAGGGGAAGGGGAUACAGAAUAGUGUCCGAGGUCACUCUGUGGCAUGGGGAUGGAGAUAGAGACUUCUUUAGAUUGACUACUAAUUUUAAAUAACAUCUUAUUACUAGCUGAUCAAACAAGUUUUUUUAUAACUUUCUGUAACAAUAGUAAUUUGUCAAUAAUUUGCUAAGAAGCAAUCUCUUUACACAAAACUACAACAAUCAAGGCUGAUCCUUUAGACUAGGAAUUUUAUUUCUACCAAAGUAUGUCAUUUAUACAUGCAAGUACUUUUGUUUUCUUGUAAUAUAAUGUUUUUUUCAUUUUUUUUGGUGAUUAUCAAAAAUGUUGUUUGAUUAUACUUUAUGAAAAAAAGCAAUUAUCCUUAAUGCAUUUACCCUGGUUUAUUUUUUUAAUUAUUUCACUGUUCAUUCUGAAUGGAAAAGAAUACUUUUAUAAAAAUUAUGUUAAAUUAAAAAUGUUUAAAUAAAAUUUUUAAAUUUAAAAAAUAAAAUUGUUCUUACAAUUGCAAUUAAGACCUCCACCUUAACUGUUAUCAAAAUAUUAUGUUGUCUAGGAUCUUACAUUAUGAACUUGGAUGUUGAAUUAUUUAUCAUAUAUUUUCAGAAUGUUUCUAGAAAUCUGCAUUUGUCAUUGAUUUUGCAUUUAAAUCUGUGAUAUUUAUUUUCAUCUUUAUGUAAGGAUUGUUUAAACUGGUAUUUACCAAACUGCUGGUCAGUUGUAUUACUUGCAUUCUAUGACAUUAUUUUUAGAUUUAUUGACAUACAUGUAUAUUGUAUAUUACUAACAUUUAUGACUGUGAAAGUUGAAGUUUUUUUUUACUAAUGAUUAAAUAUAUUAUAAUGUGGUUUAAGUAUGACUUGUUUUUUUAUUGCAUUUAUAUAAAUAGUUGUGUGUAGCUUAAAGGGGAAGGUUGAUGAAAGCUCUUAUUCAGCCCUGCAAAUUUACAAAACACUUCGAUAAAACUUGAAGGUGAUAAAAACAAUUUUUGCCAUAUUUUUCAAUUUAUUAAAAUUUGAUUGAAACAAUGAAUGUGGCUGAUAUCUGACUUAAAACUAUAUUUAAACUACAUAAUGCUGGGUACAAAAUGCUUGGGGGGGGGGAGAGAGAGAGAGAAACUGUGUUAAGACUUACAUUUUUCCUCCUUUGCUAACUUUGUAAUAGUUUUUACUGUUGUAGUAUUCUUCAAUUUGUUGUACAUUUUAUACUUACAAUUAAUUUGAUCAAUCUAGUAAAACUGGUUACUCAACUGGUUAUUGCAUAAAACAUUUAAACAAGAUUAUAGCAAGUACAAGUAUGCAAUGUAUGCAAUUGCAGGGAUUUGUGUGCUCAGUGCAAGAUGGUUGUAAACUGUAUUGAAGAAGAAGGUGUUACAACAGUCUGGCAUUAAGCCCAAGGAUUGAUGCAGUUUCAAAAAGUUUUUACAUGAGAGCAAAACAACAUCAUUAUGGAUUCUUUAAAAAUGAAAAAUAGUUACUAAUUUCUUAUGAUGUAUGUAAAGUAGUUACUUUAUGUAUUUACAUACUUUUUGUUCGAUGCACUCAUACUUAAAAUAUAUUCUGUAACAUUUAUCUUCCUGUCAUAAACAGUAUGUUAUGAUUAUUGCUGCACAUUUAUCCUCUGAUUAAAACAAAAUCCAAUCUGUUGCCAGAAAAAAUGUGAUAUUCCCCUAUUAUAAAUACAUUAAAAACAUAUUGUCAUCCUAACAUAUACUCUCAGUCCUUAAAGGUUAUAAUAGAAAGGUAAUAUUUCAGAAUAGAGAGGUGUUAUUUACAUGUUAAUGUGUCCAUACAUUUUCUGAGCUGUUUGAAUAACACAUUUCUUCUCAUUCUGGUGACAAUGAGGACAAAUUAAUUGAAACCUGUUACUGAUUCCACUGAUAGUCUUCACACAAUGUAUUUUUUUCAAACAAACACUGACUUUAAUAUGAAAAAAUCAAGUCUUCCCUGUAUUGAUUCAGACUACUGGCUCCAGAGGGGUUUGAGCGACUUUUGACCACUGACCCUUGGCUUAUUAACUGUCAAAUGUGGAUACUGAAACAGCAUUUAUUAUGGGAUGAUAUCUGUAUAUCAGAAGCAAAAUCAGACUAAAAUCAGACCUUAUCUGAGGCCAACAAUCUUGACCAAGUAGCUUGUGGUCACUUCACACAGUAGAAGUUAAUCAACCUGCUAUUUUAUGAUAAUGACACUAAAUUAAAUAUGACGGUGGACUUCUGACAUAUACCCUUUUGAGAACGGGAACGUUGAACGUCGUGUGUCCGGGGUAUUUUACGCUGUAUCUUCACAGUGUUGGUUUACUAGUACAUAAAGGUUCCGGCGUACCUGCCCAGGGACUUGGCUGCUGGAGCAUUGCACGCAUACACAGACUGUCAUACCUAGGCCAAGACCUACCAUUAUGUGAAACAAGCAAUACCCAGAAGACAAGUUCCGAGUCACUCCGUAUCUUUAUUUCUAUCGCAUAUUUUACAAUUUAUGAAUUCAAUUUUCUUUACUAAACUGCUUGUUAACAAUCGUUAUUAUUUUUAUAUGUGAUAACUGAUUCUGUAAUAAACGGCAUUUUCCUAUCAUAA